UUCCAACAUUGUUCCGCGCGAGUUAGCUGUGGCUUGCGCGAGCCCGAGAAACACGGAGGGGGAGGAACUUUUACUCAGCGAGCGCGUUUUUAACUUAAAAAAAUAAUAAAAUAAAACUACAACAAACUCAUGAUUAUCAGGUUUAUAUAACCGAAGCGAGCCGGAGCGAGGAUUUUAUUCAUUCAUUUCGUCUUCAAUGGGAAUUUGGGGUGACGUUCCGUUCGGCUUUAUUCCCAACAGGACGCAUGGGGACUCGGGGCAGAAUGGACGUCUGAUUCGUGAUGGGAUCGGAUUAAUCUGACGCUUCUCGAUGUGGACUGCGGGGAGGUGAAACCAUGGCGACAGGUCGGAGGAGCAAUGAGGACCAGGCGGGUUACAGCGUUCACGCUCCGCUGUGUCAGGACGUGUUUGAGCAGGAGUCUGCAGCGUCCAUGUUGCAGGCGGAGGAUGAGGAGUUCUCUUGGCCCGGUCCGAAGACGGUGCGGCUGCGGCGUACGUCUCUGGGCUUCGGCUUCACCCUGCGCCACUUCAUCGUCUACCCUCCCGAAUCCGCCGUAAAUUCCACUUACAAGGAUGAGGAUGGGGAUUACAGAGGACGAGCUCGGAACAGACUGGAGCCCAUGGACACCAUUUUUGUGAAGCAGGUGAAAGAGGGAGGGCCUGCACAUGAAGCCGGGCUCUGCACAGGAGAUCGUAUUGUCAAGGUGAACGGAGAGAGCAUCAUUGGGAAAACGUACUCGCAGGUUAUUACAGUGAUCCAGAACAGUGAAACCUUUCUGGAGCUGAGCGUGAUGCCCAAGGAUGAGGACAUACUACAGCUGGCGUACUCACAGGAUGCCUACCUUAAAGGUCACGAUGCCUACAGCGGAAACGCUCGCCACAUCCCGGAGCCGCCUUCCGUAUGUUACCCACGAGUAGACUGUAAACCCCUCGGGAUGGCCGAGGCAACGGAAGUCCCCCCCUCAGGGGGGGUCCAGUCUGAUCUGGGAUACCGUGUGGAGAUACCUGUACCCCCUUCGCCACCAGCGAGGGUCCCAAAGACUCAGACGGCGGUGUGCGUGUGCAACGAAAGCGUCAGGACGGUGUUGGUGCCGGCGGAUGCCCACACGGGGGUUCCUGGGGAGUACGGCCAUGUGAGUCCCGAUCCUAUGCUGUUGAGAACGAGGUCGUACCUUCACCCACGCAAACCGGACCUGUAUUCACCAAGUUACCAUGGAGAAUCGUUUGCCGUCCCAGCACCUCUUUAUCAUCCGUCUGCUUCCACCGUCUCUCCGGCUUCCCAUCAAAAUAUCGACUGGCGGACGUAUCAGACCUACAGGGAAUACAUCGACCACAAAGGCCUCCAUGCGUACAGCCGGACGAUUCAGGAGCGCCUGGACAGUUUGCGUGCUGCCGCGGCCACCUCCCAAAGUUCCUCGAACUUUGCUCAAAAAAACAUGUGGGGCAAUAAAAUCCGACGCCGGAGUACCUCAUACGAUCGGUCCUAUCAAGGACCUACCAUGCUUCCGCCUCGAAGUGCUUCCCAGGAUCGGAUGACCGGGGUGGAAAGAGCGUCCCGGGCACAAGAUUGGCCUCCUCGGAGCUCCUCGGAUGGGAUCAUCAGGAACACUCGUUUUCAUUCCACCGACUACAUCGAGCAUGGUGACAUGGUUCCUUGGCCUGUUGAUCGGAGAGGUUACGCCCCGGUGGAGCAAGGACCUCGCCCCAAUCGGCAGCCCGUCCUUCCGAAACCGGGAAUCUACUCGCAUUCUUACGGAAAUGGCGUUCGAGGCCGAUCCAGUCCACAUCAGCUGAGCUGUAGGACAGACAUCCCUCCUCCUGCUGUUUCCACCGACAGGAUCCAACGCGUCACCAAAACCCAGCCCAAAGAGGUGCAGUUGGGUAAAGACCAAAGACUUCACGUUAGUAAUCACGUUACGGCUAACCAGCAGUCCAGGACUCGCACCAAGACAAUGCAAAGUCCAGAACCGGUCAUAGAAGCCUUGGUUGGUCAAAGGUCAACGUCCUGCUCGGUGCCUACUCCUCAGAGGCAGGCGCAAAGAGGAGCUCUGGGGCAGAGGAUUCACCCUCGGGCUCUCAAGGGAUUACCGGUGAACGGGUGCAGCUCGGUGGAAGGUGUCGUGAUGCGAGAGAAACCCGCCACGGGAAAGAGCGCUCCGCUACGCCAUCCCUCCUACAUCCAGGCGCAGGAGCAUCAAGACUCCCUGUUCAGCUCUGCAAACCUGAACGAAUCGCUCGACUCCAUCCCCUUCAUCGAUGAGCCGGCGAGUCCGAGUGUGGAUCGUGAUGGGAGUCACAUCUCUGCGUCAGCUGUGAUCUCCAUGGCUCAAAGUGCAGCAGGAGACUCGGUCAGCUCCAGCACGCCCAGCCCUCACAUGCGCAGACAGCUGUCUCACGACCAGGAAUCUCUCCGGAGCGCUAUCCUGGAACAGAGUGGAACCAAAACGGAACGCUCCAAAUCGUAUGAUGAAGGUUUAGACACGUACAGGGAGGAGGGCCGGCGGCGUUCCAGUAAACCCAGUCUGAAGGUGUUCAGGAAGGCUCCUGAUGGCCACAAAUCGGAUGACUCCAGUUCCCGGAGAGACUCCUGCUCUGACAUCUUCACCGAUUUCUUCAAGGAGGGCUGGCUGCAUUUCCGUCAGCUCAACACGGAUAAGAACAAACGCGUCGGCGGAGGAAUGCGCACGUGGAAGCAGAUGUACGCAGUGUUGCGAGGACACUCGGUCUUCCUCUACAAGGACAGGAAGGAGGCUCACGUUCACUCUCAGAUGGAUGAUGAGCCGCAGCAGGUGAGCAUCAAAGCCUGCCUGAUCGACAUCUCCUACAGCGAGACCAAGCGCAAGAACGUCUUCCGGCUCACCACGUCCGACUGCGAGUACCUGUUCCAGGCCGAGAACCGCGACGACAUGCUGUCCUGGAUACGCGCCAUUCAGGAGAACAGCAACCUGGAUGAUGAGAACGCCGGUGUGACGAGCACCGACCUGAUCAACAGGAAGAUUAAAGAGUACAUCUCUCUGAGUGCUCCUACGAGUAAGACUGAACCUUCCCCCAAAGUUUUGCGACAGUCUCUGAGCAUCAGACACACACUGCUGGGAGUAGCAGGGGGCAGGAGUCAGAGCACACACUCUCCCAGGAAUGAGCUGGAGAGGAGCAGCAGAGACGACUCGAGUCCACCUCGAGACAAAGCUGCUUGGAAGAGAGGAAUCCCAGGGCUGAAGAAAAAACCGCAGGAGAAGAAGCCGGGAGUGAUGUUCGGAGUGAGACUGGACAACUGUCCUCCUGCACACGGCAACAGGUUUGUGCCUCUGAUAGUAGAGGUGUGCUGUAAGCUGGUGGAGGAGAGAGGUUUGGAGUACACCGGGAUCUACAGAGUCCCCGGGAACAACGCAGCCAUCUCCAGCAUGCAGGAGGAGCUGGACACUAAGGGAAUGACUGACAUCGAUCUCCUUGACGACAAAUGGAGGGAUCUAAAUGUCAUCUCCAGUUUACUCAAAUCGUUCUUCAGGAAGCUCCCAGACCCACUGUUUACUAACGAAAAGUAUUCAGAUUUUAUUGACGCUAAUCGGACGGAGGAUGGAGUAGAAAGAUUAAAAGUGCUGAAGAGACUGAUUCAUGAGCUUCCUGAACAUCAUUAUGAAACGCUGAAGUUCCUUUCUGGACAUCUAAAGACCGUCUCGGAGAACUGUGAGAAGAACAAGAUGGAGCCGCGUAACCUGGCCAUCGUGUUUGGUCCGACGCUUGUCCGAACCUCAGAGGACAACAUGACGCACAUGGUCACUCACAUGCCUGACCAGUACAAGAUCGUGGAGACGCUCAUUCAACAGUAUGACUGGUUCUUUGCAGAAGAUGGAGAUGAGGAACCUGUAGCGUGUGUGGAGGCGGAGAGCACGGUUCAGUCUCAGCCUGUUCCCAACAUCGAUCACCUGCUCACCAACAUCGGACGCACCGCCCCCUCACCUGGAGACGUCUCAGAUUCAGCUACCAGUGACUCUGCCAAAUCAAAGCAGGGCUCCUGGGGCUCAGGUAAAGACCAGUACAGCAGAGAGCUGCUGCGCUCCUCCAUCUUCGCCAAUCGCAAGCGCAAGAAACCCAAAGACAAACCUCAGAUGAGCAGCUCGGAGGACGACCUGGACACCAGCUUCUCCAAGAAAGAGCUUCAGGAUGAGAGCGUGACCAACAACGAUCAAAACGAGGUGGCAGAGAGCGAUGCAGGGGCACUCCAUCGUCUAGACCGACGCCGCGAUGAUGACGAUCCGAGGGUGGAAAAGAACCUCGUCCGCGUCCCGAACGAAUUCCAAUCCGACAUCCUGCCUCUGAAAACGACGCAAUUUGACAAACUCGGGAAAAUCGAGUCUCCCAAAAAGCACCGGGGGCAGAGGGAGAGAGACGUGGCGCGUGAGAACUCGCUCUCGGACCCUCCGUCCACCUCGCACGACGAGGGCUGCGUUUCCGACCUGGGAACUCUAAACAGCACCAGCUCUCAGGCGUCCGGCCCCCGGCUCCGGAAGGGCCGUACACCGGGGCCGUGGAUGGAGAACGCCGGGGCGGAGGUGUGCUCUAUCACGUCUGAUUACUCCACUACGUCGUCCAUGACGUUCCUGACAGGGAUCGAGUUUACGGCGCUGAGUCCGGCUCACGAUGCCGACGACGAGAGGAGCGAGCUGAUCAGCGAGGGCAGGAACAUCGACUCUGACAGCGAGAGCAACUUGUCCAUGUUCCCUCUCGCCCGAGACGACGGGGCGUCCGAAGACGUGGUGUCUGUGCAGGAAGAAAGCGGGGUCACGCCUUUCCAGAGCUCCUCCAGCCUCCUGGUGUCUCAGCGCAUUGUCGCGGGCGACACGCUGGCGCGCAAGAGAGGCAGCCGACAGAAAACCGAGAGCGAGUCGUCGCAGGACGGCGAGUCCCAGAUUUCCAAAACGGCGGGGAAAAGCGGCGAGAGCGACCCCGUCUGGCGAAUCAAAAUCACCGACCGGCUCAAGUGUCGACUCCGGGCCUCUGCGGACGACAUGUUCGGCGUCGGGGCGCAGCGCACGAGAUCUCCCGAGACACGCAGCAAACGCAAGACCAACAUCCGCCGGCGCCACACCAUGGGGGGACAGAGAGACUUCGCCGAGCUGUCGGUCCUCACCGGCGCCGAACUCUCCGCCAUGGACCGCCUGAAACCCAAAUGCAGCUCGCAGGACUUUUCCAUCACAGACUGGAUCGUCAGAGAGAGGCAUCGCACCAGCAACCCAGAAGUCAGCCUGGACGGUUCGGACCUGUUCUCCGGUGGGGCCUCGGGGUCCGGCUCGGGGAUGACCAACGGAGAAACGCUCAAAAACUUCAGCUUGGCCUCCGACGCUCAUCCACACAAACUGUCUGGGGCACAGGUGGUGCGCUCGCGCUUUUACCAAUACCUGUGAGGGGGUGUGUCAUACAGACUUACUGUGUGUGUGUGUGUGUGUGUGUGUGUGUGUGUGUGUGUGUGUGUGUGUGUGUGUGUGUGUGGUACCGAAAGCGACAAGUUUUUUUUAUACAUGAGGUAAAAAACAAGGUACUGACGCAGGUCUCUGAGAGUCAGGAGAAGGAGAGAGACUGAUGACUUUUUUUUCUUUCUUUCUUUCUUUCUUUCUUUCUUUCUUUCUUUCUUUCUUUCUUUCUUUCUUUCUUUCUUCCUUCCUUCCUUCCUUCCUACCUUCCUCCCUCCCUCCCUCUCACUUUCUUUCAACUCCCAGAAUGUUUUUCCUAAAAAAAUUAAUUCGACUUGAGGUCUCAGAGUGAAGAGAAUUUCCUCUCCCUCUCUCUUUCUUCCUCCUUCUCUCGCGCUCUCUCUCUCUCUGUCUUUGUCUUUUUUGCCCCCCCCCGUGUCUUUCUUUUCUACCUUUUUUAACUCUUUGUCUCUAUCACCACACACACACACACACACACACACACUCUCUCUCUCUCUCUCUCUGUCUCUCUCUCUCUGUGAUGAAUCCCUGGAUGUUAUGGGACGAUUUUGCAGUUUUAUUAUUUUUUUGUAACGAUUCCACUGGACUGAAGCUGUGAGAGAUCAGGGGAUGAUGAUGAUGGGCAGGAGGAAGGUGAACAUGUUUCUGGGACUGACGUGGACACAGACGUGAUUUCUGAAACGUUUUUAAGUGGACGUGAUUUUGUCGCAGGUGUAAGAAGGUCUCGGCUCGAACCCCAAAUGAAGAAUGUAGAAUGUACCGCGCUCGCUGGAAUGUUUUCACUGCGCCCUUUCUGGGGUUUUAUUUUUUUUUUCUCGUUCUUAUUAUUUGUACAGAGCUUCUAAACAUUUCUUCAUGAACUUGAAUUUUUUCCCUCUCGAUUGUUUUAACUCUUUUGUGUAGCGUGGUAUUUUUUAAAAAUGUAUAUGGAAUUGAGGCCUCCGAUAUUAGUGCAGCUGCUUUAUCCGUUCUGUUGUGAAAAAAAAGAAAGAUUUAAAGCAGAAUAAUGAUACACACUGUAUGGCUAAAGGUUUGUGGACACUUAAGUAUGAUAUGUGCCGCUUUUUAAAAUGUUCCUCUAGAUUUUGGAGAAGUCGGGUAUCCCAAUACUUUUGGCCACACAGUGUCUAUUGGUGUGCGUGACAAGCCGAUCAGAUCCAACAGAGGGCGCCAGUAUGCUGAGAGUUUUUUUCCCAGCGCAGCACCCAGCGAUGACAGAGCUCCGUGGGUGUGUUUGGGGCGUCAGGGGGCGUGGUCAAGCACCAGCUAGCGAAUAGAGGGUGGGGCCAGAGAAAUAUCAAACACCCCCCACCCCCUUAUUCACUAUCUGGUGCCUGACCACACCCUUCAGUGUUCUAAAACACUAAAGAGGAAAGAAAACACACACAUGCCUUCUAUUUUUUUCCUUCAUGCAUUCCACUUCGGUCUUAAACAAAAUGACAUUUCAUUGCUUCAGGCGUUUAUUUUUUUUCUUUGUAGUUGUAAAACAUAAUUUAAGCACGAGGGACCAGAUCUUGUGCAUCAUCUCCAGGUGUGUGUGUGUGUGUGUGUGUGUGUGUGUGUGUGUGUGUGUGUGUGUGUGUGUGUGUGUGUGUGUGUGUGUGUGUGUGUGUGAGUGAGAAAGGUCUUGGUUUUCUAUCAUGCCCUGUCCGCUACAAACGUGGACGAAUGAAACACUGGAAAAAAAAAAAGAGAAAAUAAAAUUGCAUUGUGUCUGA